AUGCUCCUCCCAAAACGAGCCGUCGUCAACUUCCGGGUUCUCCCCAAGGCCACCGCCGCACGGUGUUUCUCAGCCACGUCUGCCCGCUCCUGGGCGACCCCGACAAACAAGUACCCCUCCAAGGACGCGCGCAGCGGUGAGCAGCCGGUCGAAGACAUCGACCUCGUCUUCGACUAUCCGUCCGAGAGCCAGGCCAGGCACGAAAAGCAGCGUCUCGAGGAGGCCGGCCUCGACCUGCACUCGGCCAUGCCGCACCGUCCCAAAGGCCAGAACAUGCCCGGCGGGGCGACUGCGAAGGAGAUGGGGGCGUCGGAUAGUAGGGUCAUAAACAUUGGCCUCGGCGCCGUCGGCUUGGGCGGCCUCUACAUGGUCAUGCGGCGGCGGACUCGGACCGACAUGGCUGCGCAGAGGCCGGGUCAGAAACCCAUGGAAAGCACGAUUGGGCGUAGUGUGUCGGAUGUGGGCAAGUGA